CCUGACCUUCACCUUCAUAGAGAUGCCACCAGACACACUGGGAUCAUCGAGGGCCACGGUAUUGGAAUGACUGGCUUUGCCUGGUUUCACGAGACAUCAGGUAUCUGACUAAGAUAAGCAUAAUCACGUGAAUCUAGCAAGCUUGCUGGCUGGCCAAGUGUGCUCUCUGCCAGGGAGUUCUUCGCUUGUACUGAUCGUAAGGUACCUACCUACCUAGGUAUACUUACUUCACUUUAUCCUCUUGGGCGUGGUACUGGCUACUGUAUAAUAGCCGAGGAAUGGCCUUCUAGAGACAAAUGGCGGAAAGGAGACCCAGUCACCCAAACUAUUGUCGCCUUGGUCAUCCUGUAAUUCUGUACAACAUCUGGCGAUAUUUGAACUAUUUUACUUGUGCAUCCUUCUCUCCAAGGGCUAUUCUCCAAGAAUGACAACAACUUAAGAUAGGUUUAGCGACAAUGCGUUGUGUCUCUCCAUCGCUUUGCCAUUGCGUUCCUUUCGGCCGCCCUACCGAACCCUCCUCUGUUCCAAGGAAUCUCAACCUACAACCUAUCUCCAUCUGGCGGCCAAUUUUGAGUACAGACAAUAAUUCAGUCUGAAUUAGUAUCUCCCCGUGCUUAAAAUCAAUAGUUCCGGGUUUCAGAGACAAAGUCAGAACCUGGGCAUGACCACUACUCCACCAGCUCCCCGCCAUCAACCUGUUGACAAUCAUGUCUACCCAAACACGAACCCCUGAGUCGCUCCAAACAACCUCGCCAAACGUCACAGUCAACACACCCUCCCAAAUAUCCAACCACCCCUCACCCAUCUCCUCGUCCACAUCACAACACCUCAUAUUCUUCAUAACCGGCAAUCCCGGACUAAUCGGCUACUACAACACCUUUCUUCACAGUCUCCACAAUAUCCUCAGCACAUCUCAGGAAAUUCAAGAUGUCUAUCACGUUCAUGGACAAUCUCUGGCAGGUUUCAUAGAUUCAGACACAGAGACACGAACAACGCCGUACAGUUUAGAAGAACAAAUCGAAAUCACGCUAUCAGCUCUCAGAUCCCAGCGCAUCCCUUCAGGGCCAAAGAAAGACCAGCACUACGACAGCGUAAUCUUAAUCGGGCAUUCAGUCGGGUCGUACAUCCUACUGGAACUCAUCAAGCGACUGGGUAAAUCCUCACCAGUCAAGAUCUCAGCUGGUAUCUUGCUAUUCCCUACCGUCACCCACAUCGCCAAGUCUCCAAGCGGGGUCAAAAUCAGCACACUAUUUCGCAUCCCGAAUUUUGCAAAGAAGGUGGGAACUAUUGCGAAAGGACUUGUCUAUCUGGCGCCAGGUGGUGUGUUGAAGUGGCUGGUGGGUCUGGUGGCAAGGAUGCCGAGUGAGGCUGCUGAGGUUACUACGAGUUUUUUGAGGAGUAGGAUGGGUGUCUGGCAAGCCUUGCACAUGGCCAAAGAUGAGAUGGAUUUCAUCACUGAAGAUACGUGGGACGAGGAUAUCUGGGGUAUCGAGCAGGAAGAUCCAGAUACGAAGUCCAAACCUCCGAAGCUUAUUUUCUAUUUUGGGCAAAAUGAUCACUGGGUUGCAGACCAUACUCGUGAUGCACUGAUUGCUGCCAGAGGACGUGAAGAAGGAGCCCGGCAGAGUUCGAAGCCAAUUAUGAUCAUCGAUGAGAGUAAUAUACCACAUGGAUUUUGUAUUCGGCACAGCGAGACGGUCGCGGAGAAAGUUGGUGUGUGGAUCAAGAGAGUGAUGGUGGAUUUGUGAUCAGACUGAUAUUCGAGAGAGCGAUCCAUACAAACUUGAGACUUUGUAGAGUACAUGUACGAAUAGAUAAACUAUUAGACUGUUCCGGUAUGUGUUCUUGAUUCCACUCAAUACAUGGCAGACCACUGUCUGGCUUGUUCUGGAUGCUGCCGGGGGCCUUCCAAUCAAAAGACUCGUGGCCAUUAUCAUACCACACUCUCUUGAGACCAGAAGCUUGCUUCUCCAAUGGUUCCCAUCCGGCAGUAAUCUCAGGCGAGGGUGAUAAGGCUGGGAAGGCGAAACUCGCUUCCGUGUGGCUGCCAAAACAGUUGGCCAAAAAACGCAUUAAAUGAACCCUCGUCAUGUUUUGAAAGAUUAGUAUGUAUGCAUAUGGAGAAGAAGAUCCAAAAAUGAAUUAUUUUCUUUCAUUCGUUCCCCUCCCCCUGUGUACGUCACGGAUCAGCAUUCCCGGCAAGCACCCAACAACUAGCGUUGCACGACCGUCAUUACAUGAUGACUGGAAGUACCGAAG